UUGUGUUUGUUAAGACUGCAUUUAGGUAGCAUUAUACACAAGGAAAACUACUUGAAGAUAUAUUUUUCUAUUGAGCGAGACAUCUUCUUGCCCUCUCAUCAAACAUGGGCAGAAAAUUAUCGCUGUGGUACUGUGUCGUCUUUGUCAGUGCUUUUAUCGUUGAACUUGGCAAUUGCAGUACAGCCCAAACUUCCCGCUUCUCUGCUUAUGAGGUGACUGUACCAAAACAAAUAGCAAGACAGAGGAGAGACCUGGAUACCCAAGACACAGGGGAGAUAUCUUACACCAUCCAAGCCCAAGGCAGGGAGCAUGUCCUGGUUCUGAAGAGGAAUAAGCUCCUACUUGACAGAAAUUUCACUGUUUACACAUAUGACACAAAUGGCUCCCUUAUCAGUGAAAGACCCGACAUGCAGAAUCACUGCCAUUACAAAGGCUAUGUGGAGGAUGUUGAGUUUUCAUCUGCGACUGUCAGCCUUUGCUCUGGACUCAAUGGAUUCCUAAACAUAGGGAAUGCCAGAUUAGGGAUUGAGCCUCUGGAGGGCUCCUCUGAUUUUGAGCAUGUGGUGUUCCGCUUGGAGGAUGAGGAGACGGAACCUCUCCUCUACAGAACCCCUCACACCCAUCACCAUGACGACAACAACACUAUUUCCACUGACCAGACCAUCGUCCACUCUCACAGUGAUCUAUCUGAGCACCCGGACAGUCAUUCACUCAGAAAGAGACGAGCGGUAAUGCAGCAGACUCACUACGUGGAGCUGAUAAUUGUGGUGGAUAAUAAAACAUACGUAGCACUGGACAGUAAUGUAACCCGGGUUCAACAUCAUAUGAUACGAGCUGCUAAUCGCCUAGAUAGCAUGUAUGAGCAGCUGAACGUCCGUGUGGUGUUGGUGGGGCUGGAGAUCUGGACGGCAGGGAACCUCAUCACUGUGAAGCGCGGGACUCCUGUGCAAUCAAACUUCAAGAAGUGGAGGAACAACCACCUGCUGCCCCGCCAUCACCAUGACAGCGCUCUACUUGUUGCGAGAGACAUUUUCAAGACAGGUUUUCUUGGCUUUGCCUCCAUGUUCGCUAUGUGCAGCCGUCACAGUGUUGGAAUAAUCAUGCACCGCGAUGUAAACGGCCUUUCACGGACCAUGGCCCACGAACUGGGCCACACCCUGGGCAUGCAUCACGACAAUAAGAACUGCUACUGCUCAGCCAAACGGUGUGUCAUGGGUGCCGGUGGAAAGUGUGGAAGCUCAUGUGACAACAAUGUGUUCAGUGAAUGCAGUGCUAAUGGCUUUCGGAAAUUCAUAGAGCAACUGGGCAACAGGAACUGUCUCCUCAACGAGCCACAGCCACAGGACAUUUACACACUGCCCUACUGUGGCAACAAGCGGCUGGACCCAGGCGAGGAGUGUGACUGUGGUUCUGAGGAGGAGUGCAAGAAGGACCCGUGCUGUGAGCCAAACACCUGUAAGCUGAAGUCCGGGGCUCAGUGUGCCGAUGGGGAAUGCUGCAGGAACUGUAAAUUCCUGCCAGGUGGUUAUGAGUGCCGCAGUCGGUCAGGUGAGUGUGACCUUCCGGAGUACUGCGACGGCUCGUCUGCUGUCUGCCAGGCUGAUGUCUUUGUGCAGGACGGACAUCUCUGCAGGAACAACCAAUCAUAUUGCUACAAUGGCAAAUGCCACCACCAUGAUGACCAGUGCAAGGCCUUGUUUGGUUCUCAGGCAAAGUCUGCUGCUGAUAUAUGUUAUCAGGAUGUGAACAGUGUCAAAAACUGCGGUGGCAACAAGGAGUGCCGUGCCAGGAAUCCCAAAUGUGGGAAGCUACAGUGUGACAAUGUGAACUCCACCUCCAUGUUUGAAACACCAGGACGGACCAUCGUCACCACCACCACCAUCGGUCAGAACAAGUGCUGGGGGGUGAACUCCAUGAUGGGGCCUGAUGUGCCUGAUCCGGGCAUGGUGAACGAUGGAACAAAGUGUGGGGAGGAUAAGGUGUGCUUGAAUCAGAAAUGCAGACACGUAUCGGAGCUCAAGCACGGCUGUGACACACAGAGUACAUGCCAUGGCCAUGGGGUCUGUAACAGCAAUAGGAACUGCCACUGUGAUUACGGAUGGGCUCCACCAUUCUGUAAGGAGGAGGGCUAUGGAGGCAGCAUUGAUAGCGGCCCUGUGAGAAACGACACCGUACUGUGAUGACACCUGAGUCCUCAGUGCUAUCCUCCUCCUCCUCCUCCUACAUAGCACUCACCCAAGGCAAAGGUGUUUGCGGAUAUGUGGGUGUUGGACAGGCAGAUGAGAAUCAGCAGUUGUGUGUCAAUGUUCUGAAAAUGUCAAAGAUUAUGAAGAAUGUCAUAAUCUAUUUAAACAAUAGGUUUCUAGAUUAUGGAAGAAAACAUUAUUUCCUAUGGAUUACAGGUGCAAAGAUAGAAUCACAUAACUGCUCACUUGUUGUCCGCUUGUGUUAUCAAAUGUAAUUAAAUAAAGAUAUUUUUCACUUUUAAA